UUACCUUAUUAAACAUAGUGCUACCAAUUUUCUCGAUUUUGGCACAGUUGCAUUAAUGGUCCACCAUACCUAGCUUUAACAAUGCCCACUAAUCCAAACGCCUCUUCUAUCUAGAAUAUAACGCGUGUCCCACCAUCGACAAGUGAAUCUUUCAACAAUAGAGACCGCGAAGAAAUAGACAACUCGAAAUGCCACCCAAAUCUAGAAGUACUACUAAACGCAAGGUUCUCGAAGAUGCCAGUAAUCGCGUCAAUCAGACACGUGCGAGGGUGACCCGUCAGAAGACGUUGACUAAGGGCGAAGUUGAGGAGCAGAUACAGGAUCUGUCAAGUCCUUCAUAUGAGGAAUCCAUUACUUCUAUGGGAAUGGAAGAGAUGGGUCAAACUGGGGGUAAAGAGAGUAAGAGUAAGAAGCGUAAGGCGGGCAUGUCAUUCGAAGAGGAAUUAGCAGCUCUCAAUCAUGACCUAGACGACAUCGUUGGUUCCGAUGCCUUCGAAGACGAGACAAUGCCUAGCUGCGACGUUGUGCGCAGCUGGAUCAGAAAGUUACUCGAAGUCGAUAUCAUGAACAAGACUGGAUUUUCUCAAGUUAUUGGGUGCAGUACAAAUACCCUGAAUACUUUCCUUGGACAGACUGAGCCCGACGGUGGACAGAAUAGUUCCGCAUAUCACAACACUUGGACGUGGCUGAAGCGACGCCAAGCAGCGAAGUCAGCGAUGCCGAAUACGAAGAAAACCCAAACGCAAAAGGCCAAUUCUUCGAGGUCAAGCACAGGCAGGUCGAAUUCCAAGAUGUCAUCAGUGGCGGUUUCACUCCCGGACAUUAAAGACAUUAAACACAUCUACUUGGACGACGAGGAGACAGACUCGGUUAGCGUGUGGGACUCAUGCGACGAGGUCCGACGGAAAAUUAAUGCGCAUCUGGAGACUCCGGGAGUAACACAGGCCCAAUUCUGUCGUGAUCUGUAUGCACAGCUCAAUGCGCCCACCAUUAAGAGCAUCCAGUCAAAACAACUUAACGACUUCCGUCGUGGCCACGGUGCCAAAACAGGAGCCAAAAGCACCGUCUUCUAUACCGCAUACGUAUACUUCGAAAAGCUGCGUCUUGCGCAGGGUAAGCCUAAAACGAAGCACCGCCUGGAUAUGGAGGAUAUCUGGGCGUGGAGGGGUGGUUUCGAUCUUGAGACUGAUAAUAGGACCGUGUUCGUUGGAUCAGCAAGCUCGAGCCCUUACUUUCACUUCGAUCGCUACGGCCGCACCGUUUCGACGCCCAUGUACUUUUAACAUGAUCUGAGAACUUAAUGUUAAUUAAGUCCGCUGCUUCAUUUAUUUGGCUAUGUCCGAGUUAGGUAAAUUUUCGAUCGCAAGAUCAUAUCUUCCGUUCUUCCAAGGCCCCUUUUCUAAUGUCUA